AUGGUUGAAGAUGGAGUUGUGUUCAAAGGAACCAAAGUUGUAAUUCCAAAUGGUAUGAAAACGGAUAUUAUCAAAGCUAUUCAUACUGGACAUCAAGGAAUUCAAUCUUGUUAUCAAAGGGCAAGAGAAUCCUUGUACUGGCCCAACAUGUUUGAAGAUUUGAUUGACUUCAUACGAUCAUGCACAGUAUGCCAAAGUCAGAGCAGGGCAGAAAUAAAAGAACCCAUCAAAAGUAAACAAAUUCCAAUCAGGCCAUGGGAGGUUACAGCAGCUAAUUAUUUCAAGUUCAAAGGCAAAAGUUACCUUGUUCUUGGUGACAGCUACUCUGGUUACUUCGAACUCGCUGAAGUGUCGUCAAGUAGUUAUGCAACUAUCAAACAGUUGAAGUCAUGGUUUGCUGUUCAUGGUGUACCAGCUGUACUGGAAUCAGAUAACAUGCCUUUCAAUUCAGCAGAGUUUAAAACAUUUUCAAAACGAUGGGGAUUUGAACAGUCCAUAUCCUCUCCAAACUUCCCAAGAGCAAACGGAUUGGCAGAGAGGUUUGUUCAGACAGCGAAAAACUUGGUCAGGCGAUGUUAUCAAGACGGAACAGAUUUAUUUGAAGCUCUGUUGAAUCAUAGAAAACACUCCACGAUCACCAGAUCUAGGUUCUCCAGCACAAAGGCUAAUGUCUAG